AUGUUCGGAGGAUUCGCGCCCCCCCAGCUCUCCGAGGAGGAGAUCAAGCAGAUGGAGGCUGAGGCCAACUUCAACAUCCAGCAGGUCCUUGUCUCGGCCGUCAUGCUCUACCUCUCCCCUUUCGCUAUUGACGCCGUCUCUAAGGUCUUCUAA